ACUAACGGAAGCCGAAAUGAGUGCAGACGCAGUUUGCUUUGACUACACUGAGAAGGUUCCCGUGGAGCAUCUGGAUUAUGAUUACAUUGGGAAAUGCAAAGAUGUAAAAUACCUGGAGAAGGUGUUGAGAGUACUGAGGUCCGGUGAAGAGGGCAUUUAUCCGCAUCUAAUCGGGUUCUGUGAGAAUCACCUGGAGAAGCUGAACCCUGCGAGCCGAGCGCUCCGGGAGGAAACCCCUGCAGCAACACCAGCCAGCCUCCCAAACCAUGAGUGGAGCCAAAUACUCAGCGACUUGAAGACAUGGAAAGAAGAAACCAAACAGACUGAAGCUUCACUUAAAAACCAGUGGGUUUUUGAUGACUUAGAGAAAGAUAAAAUGCCCCCUGUUAGAGGUUCCAAUUGCUUUGUUCCACUUUGUGAGAAUUCAGCUCCAAAAGAAAGAAAGAAGACUUCAAAAUGUGGUCUUCCUCGUAAUUAUCAAGAAUGGGACAAGUUUGAUGUGGAAAAAGAAUGUGACAAAGUAGAUGAGAAUGCGUUCAAUAAGGAUCCCCCAGCCAUUGUAAACAUUGGAACCCCCAAAAUCAAGACUGAAUUGGAUGCCUCAUUCCUGUCACAACAGGAGAAGCUCCUUCGGGCCAAUCGUGAAAAGGAGAAAGGGAAUGAAGCCUUCAAAGCCAAAGAUUAUGAGGAGGCGGUUGCAUACUAUUCCAGGAGCCUUUCUAUUUUUCCCACUGCGGCAGCUUACAAUAACAGAGCUCAGGCAGAGAUCAAUCUCAAGCACUGGCACAAAGCCAUGACAGACUGUCAGCGAGUGCUUGAGCUGGAGCCAGGCAAUAAUAAAGCCCGGCUACGUCGUGCUACCGUUUAUGAUCAUAUGGGUAAUUUCCAAAUGGCCUCUGAAGAUCUGAGGAUGGUUCUUCAGGAAGAGCCGCAAAACCCUGCAGCCACUCAACUUCUGUCUAAAAUUGAGAAGAAGAUGUCAGAAAGUCAGCCAGAGCAGCAACGCAAAGGCAAAAGAAUUGUCAUCCAAGAGGUUGAAGAAGAAGAACAAGAACUAGAACAAAAAGAAGAAGAAGAAACUCGUCCGGUUCAGCCCGGCCAGCCUGUGGGAGGGGAGGAUAGGGCAGACAUGGGGAACGCUCAGAAGAAGCCCGGGGCCAGGGGGGACGGCGGGGGUCCGCACGGAGACCCCGGCAACUCGCACCACGGACACUGGCGGGGCAAGGGGGCCACCUCGGACAAGUACCGGGUGGCGCAGGAGUCCCGGGACAAGGUGGCCAACGGAUCCAGCAAGCGGGGCUCCAGCGCCGGCUCGGAGCGGGGCAGCGAGCCGGGCACCGCGGCCGCCGGCCCGGGGGAAGCCGCCGUCAACCUCGACGCCCCCUGCGGAGCCCUGCCCCUGCCGCUCUGCCGCCUCAAGAACCAGGGGAACCUGUUUUUUAAGAAUGGACAGUUCUCUGACGCGCUGGACAAGUACUCCCAGGCCAUCCAGGGAUACGCAGACUCAGGGCUUGACAGUCCAGACGACCUGUGUAUUCUGUAUUCUAACAGAGCAGCGUGCUACCUGAAAGAUGGAAAUAGUCAAGACUGCAUACAAGACUGCACAAGAGCCCUGGAGCUGCAGCCGUUCUCCCUAAAGCCCCUCCUGCGGCGGGGCAUGGCUUACGAGUCCCUGGAGCGCUACCGACCGGCCUACGUGGAUUACAAGACCGUCCUGCAGAUAGACACCAGCGUGCAGGCGGCACACGACAGUGUCAACAGGAUCACCCGGCUGCUGAUCGAGCAGGACGGCCCGGAGUGGAGGGACAAACUCCCGGAGAUCCCGCUGGUCCCGCUGUCGGCCCAGCAGCACCGCAGAGAGGAGCCGCCCAGCGCCGAGGUGCUGCAGGCCCGGGCCCAGAAGGCUGCCAAGGACGCAGAGAGGAGAGCAGAAGUCCGUUUCACGGGGCUGAAGCAAGAAGGGAAUGAUUUUGUGAAGAAGGGCCAAUACCCGGAAGCUCUGGGAAAGUACACGGAAUGCCUUAAGCUAAAACCAGAGGAGUGUGCGAUCUACACCAACAGAGCUCUGUGCUACUUGAAGCUGGAGAGGUUUGGUGAGGCCAAGCAGGACUGUGAUGCAGCUCUGAAGCUGGACCCGGCCAAUAAGAAGGCCUUCUACAGACGAGCCAUGGCCAACAAGGGCCUGAAGGACUACCUAGCGUGCAGCUCUGACCUGCAGGAGGUGCUGCAGCAGGAUCCCAACGUGCAGGAGGCAGAGAAGGAGCUGGAGGAGGUGACGGUGCUGCUCCGGCAGAGCCUGGCCAAUGAUUCACACGCUAAACCCAGGAAGACUGUCCCCAUCACAGAGGUGGAUGAUGACGAGGACACGUCUGCUGUCCGUGACUCGGCCAGCAGCUGCAGAGGAGAAGACGUCACCAUCAACCUCCGGCCCGCCAGCGCCUACGACUUCGGCCAGUCCCUGAACGCAGCACGCUGCAGCGGGAACGCGGCGGCCUGCGCCGAGCUGCUGGCCUGCACCGCGCCGCCGCUGCUGCCCCAGUAUCUCAGCUCGCAGCUGGACGGAGACACCAUCAGCUUCAUCAUGCAGACGCUGGACUCACAUCUACUGGAGAGAGAUCCCUCCCUGGUCUACCAACACCUCAACCAUUUGCACACUGCUGACAGGUUCUCGGUGGUUCUCUUGCUGCUGCAGAAGGACGAGCGCCGCCACAUGACUCAGCUGUUCGAGCACCUCUCAGCUGUGGAGAGCUCAGCGUUCACCAAGAACGAUGUUCAGAAUCUGGCCAACAAAUACAUCUGACCCUCCUGCCCCGCUGCAUGAGCUGCUGUUUCUCUACUCUUGGAUCUAUGCAAGACACUGCACAAAAACAGAGAACACAGAGGAAGAAGGCUGCAGAAUGUGCCCUCAGGACUGAUUUGGGAUCACUCUUCUCAUCUCGGCUGUAAACGAUCCCUGUAUCUUUGUGUGAUGGUAUAACAAAUCUAUUUUUCACUCCUGGACAUUUUGCUAUGCAGAUUUUACUUUUGUACCAUCACUAACUGCUUGAAUUGUACAAAAGUGGAACACGAUGUACCUUCUACUUUAGCGUUUUGAGAAAUAGGGUCCAAUGUGCAAUGUUAUGCAAAAGGCUGCAGGGACGAGUCUCUCCCUGCCGACUUGUUUUGCUCAGCUUCAGUCCAUAGUUGAACCCGAGCGCUGUCCUUAAACAUUCCCAGAGCUGAUCUCAUCGUGCCCCCGAAAAAACACUGGUUCUCAAAUCAGUCUUUGAUUGAACAGAAGGAAAAAGAGAGAGCCACAUACCAGCCGCGUUUAGAGAUGAUAUUCAGUGCAUGUGCACCAAUAGAACUUGUCAAUGGAGGUUAACAUCAUCAUUUGCCUCUUGAGUCAACCAAGAUGUUGCUUCCCAUAAACCCAUCAGGCAGCAGGAGCCGAGUUUCCAGAGUUUCCACCGCGACCACAUGCGCUGCAGCGUCUGCGUGGAGGACGCGGGCCUGAGCGAUGCUGCUGCUGUUCUUUUACGACGUUAGUGUGUGCUUGGCCGGUUUCUGCAGGAGAAGGUAGCUCCGCGUCGUCUUCCAUUUACAGCUAUGCAACGAGCAGAUGUGUUCGGAGGUUCAAUACGACUUUAAAGGCAGUGAAAGACAUGAGAUAAUUCCAUGUCCACAUCUGCAGCCCCAGCUCGGAUGAAGCAGCAUCUUCCUGAGAUGUGUGCCUUCGUUUUCACUUUUUGUUUUGAAGGGUCGGCCUGUGGUGAGAGCGUGUCCUCCUCUCUAGCUUUAAUCAAAUUCUUAAAAUGAUCUGGAUCUGUGCUUCAGAAAUCAUAUACGACCAGAUUCACUUCUUAAAAGAAAAAAAAAAAAAACAAGUAUUUUUGCCAAUUUAAAGUCGUAACAUAAAUAUUAAGUGAUAAAAUAUUGACUAUUCAAAGAAACUUAAAAAUGAACGAUUGCCUGAAUCCAAACCAGUAUGUUUGAAAAUGUUCUUUUUCUUCAUGAAUGUACAAACUUCAGUUCAGGGAGACAAACUGGGGGCAGGAAGCAGGAUUUUUCUCUAGUUUUUCUUCACUGUGGUUUUAAAUGUAUAUUUCAUUAGAGUUGUAAAAAAUUGUGUACAGUAUUCAGAGGUCUAUUCAAUAAAGUGGAAAAAGAUG